UUUUCUUUACACAAUGAUUUACUUUACAAAAUGAUUUGGCUAUAAACAGUAUUUCAUUUACACAAUGAUUUUCCAUAAUAGCAACUGAAAUCUGCAUCUAUUGGUUUAAGUUUAAAAAAAAAAGGGAAAAAGGAAAAUUCAUACCUUCAAUCUGCAAUUGUGGCUUCGAAGAACACAGUGCGGAUAAAAAUUUCUAUUUUAGAUUUUUUUUUUUAAAUAAAUUUUUUUUUCAAAAGCAUGAAAGUAGCAAUGGCUGCAGUACGCAAAGCAGGACAAAAAAAAACAUAGGUAAAAAAAAGAUACGCUUUUUUGGCCUGAUUUAAAUCGUAUUAUUAAAAAAGCGCACUGUUUUUUUCCAUAUAUCUCUCUGUUCUCUCCCUAUCUCGUUGCAACUAGUCUCUCUCUUGCCAUUGCUCUUUUUCUUCAAGCAGUUGCCCAAAUUUCUCUCUUGCUAUUGCUCUGCUUUCUUCAAGCAAUGGCCCCAAUUUGAAGCUACGUUUUGCACUAUCUCUUCAAGCCAUUGAAGAUUCAAAUUCGAAGUAAGUAAACGAUGAAAGGCGGAAGAAAGAAUCUGAAAAGAGCAGUUAUGGAAGAACAUGUAUCCCUUCAAGAUGGCCUGCGCAUAAUGCAGGUAGUAUCUCUUCGUGGUUCAAAUCUCAUUGAGGUAAUGGAUGAUAGUGGGAGUAAAUCUCUAGCAAUAUUCCCAGCCAAAUUUCAGAAGAGUAUUUGGAUAAAACGAGGGAACUUUGUUGUGGUCGAAGGAAGUGGAAGUGAGAAAGCCCUUGAAUCAGGCAAUAAAAUAACUUGUAUGAUAUCGCAAGUGCUCUUCCAUGAGCAAGUUCGUACACUUCAAAAAUCUUCAGACUGGCCUGAGAUUUUCAGAACGACUGCUUCUGUUGAGGCAAAAGACACAGAAAAAACGAACGAGCAAGUGGAAGAGACACAUUGUUCAAGUGAUGAUGGCCUCCCCCCACUCGAAGCCAAUCUGAACAGAGUGAGACCAGCUGAAUUACUCACCGAUUCGUGCUCGGAUUCGGAUGCUUAAGUGUAAGCAAUUGCACAACUGGGUUGUUUGUUUCUCAUUGCCACAUUUUUGCGAGGUGGGGGAUUUUUUUUAUUGUUUUAUCGUCAAGCGCAAUGAUGCACAGGAAGAGCUGGCAAAAUAUUAUUAUGAUAUCUUUCUAUUGCUCCUUUUAUAUGUAAUGCUCCCAUCAAAAGAGCUUAAACCGUGUGGUACAUAUACCCCUGGCUACAUGAGUAUUUACAAAAAAGAAAAAGUUUCUAUAA